AUGCCGACCCACCGCAGCAUAACCAUUCAGCUGUUUACGCCUCGCGAAACUAUAGCACCUGUUCCUGAAUUCUCUCAAUCUCCAUCCACCCCAUCAAGUCCCGCCUCGGACAGCGCUUCAUCUUCCUCCUCUACCUCAAGCUCAAGCCUGGGUUCCACUCCGACCGCCGAGCUCUCUAAAAAUGAGACCAUAGUUUCAAGAUACAUCCCUCACAUACCAAACACACAAAUUUGGAUCCGCUAUCGCAUCAAGCCAUCCCCUUCACCACCUCAGUCGCCAAGAACAGAUCCAUCCACUGAAUCAGGGACGGCGUACUAUCUCUUCAAACUCUUCGUCAAUUCGGUUCAUUUCGUAAGCUGGUGCGUCGGUGAAGAAAACAAGUGGAAGGGCACCAUGAUGUACGGUCUUUAUGAGCUCGAGGAGAACCACGAGUGCACAAGGGAGCUAGAUAGGAGGAAUUUGUCUUUCCAACGAAGCGCGACUGAAGACGAUGUAGUCAGUGAUGUGCAGGGUCACUUUGAGAUCAAAGUGUUCAGAGCCAAGGGCAGAAAGAGAGUCCCCAGGCAGGUCAAUGAAUUUGACAAGAGCGAGAUCGGGAGACAAACGGGAGGCGGUAUCGGUCUUGUCAAAGGCGGUCAAGCAAGGCACCAGCCGCGCCGAUUCUACAAGUUCGCCCUCAUUGCCCCCGUUGAUGAGCCAUACGCGACCUUCAGAUACUUGUACCGUUCUUGGGAUCAGCUUCGUGCCCUCGGCAUCACCGAUCAAGGAGACCCGUGCAGAGGUUUCUUGUCCGCCGACUCCGCCAGCUCUGCCAGCUCUCUCGUCAAUAUUACGGCCGCCGACGUAAGGCACGCCAACACACCCGCGACCUGCCUAUCCUCAUCAUCAUCUUCGUCGUCUUCCUCUGACGGUGCGCCGAAUGACACAACAACCGCGGGUCAUGCUACUGCCGACAAAAACAUCACAAACGAUCCCUCCCGCUCUUAUAAGCGCUUAUCCAUCCCACCAUCCCGCGCCUUAACACUUCUCCCCUCGAGCAUCUCGUCCGCGGCCACUAGGUCCACGUCUCCAAUGAAGGCAAUACCGGGCGCGUACAUCGAAAGUCCGGAUCUCGAAACUUCCGACAAGCGAGAGUGGCUGCGGCACACGCCCAGCCCGGUCAAGUGGGAGGCAGAGACGAAGGGUUAUGGGAGCCCAGAGCCCUAG